ACCAGCCAGGCUGAGCAGCUGAAGUCCGUCCGCCUCUCCCCUUCGGGCACGAUGAGUUUCACCACCCGCUCCUCUACCUAUUCCACCAACUACCGCUCCCUGGGCUCCGUCCGGGCGCCUAGCCACCGGAUCCGGCCGGCCAGCAGCGCGGCCAGUGUCUAUGCCGGCGCCGGUGGUUCUGGCUCCAGGAUCUCCACUGCCCGAUCCAGCAGCUUCCGCGGGAGCUGGGGAGCCGGGAGCAUGAUGGGGGGACUGGCUGGGAUCGGGGGGGUCCACGGGGAGAAGGAGACCAUGCAGGACCUCAACGACCGCCUCGCCUCCUAUCUGGAUCGCGUGCGCAGCCUGGAGACGGAGAACCGCAAACUAGAAGGGAAGAUCCGGGAGCAUCUGGACAAGAAGGGCCCCCGGAUCAGAGAAUGGGGCCACUAUUUCAGGACCAUCGAGGAGCUGCGGGCGCAGAUCUUCGCCAACUCCGUGGACAACGCCAGAAUCGUCCUCCAGAUUGAUAACGCCCGGCUGGCCGCUGAUGACUUCAGAGUCAAGUAUGAAGCAGAGCUGGCCAUGAGGCUGUCCGUAGAAAAGGACAUUCACGGCCUCCGGAAGGUCAUCGACGACACCAAUGUGACCAGGCUGCAGCUGGAGUCCGAGAUUGAGGCCUUGAAGGAAGAGCUGCUCUUCAUGAAGAAGAACCAUGAAGAUGAGGUAAAAUCUCUACAAGCACAAAUCGCAGGCUCGGGGCUGACUGUGGAGGUGGACUCUCCCAAAUCCCAGGACUUGAGCAAGGUCAUGGCUGACAUUCGAGCCCAGUACGAUGCUCUGGCCCAGAAAAACAGAGAAGAGCUGGAUAAAUACUGGUCCCAGCAGAUUGAGGAGAGCACUGUGGCCAUCAACACAAGAUCUGAGGAGGUGGAAGCUGCUCGAAAUACUGUCACCGAGCUGAAACGGACAGUCCAGUCUCUAGAAAUUGACCUGGACUCCCUUCGAAAUCUAAAAACUAGCUUGGAAGAGAGCCUGAGGGAGGUGGAGACCCGUUAUGCCAUACAGAUGGAGCAGAUCAAUACAGCCCUCCUACACCUUGAGGCAGAGCUGGGGCAGACUCGCACUGAGGGGCGACGCCAGGCACAGGAAUAUGAGGCGCUGCUCAACAUCAAAGACAAACUAGAAGCAGAGAUCAACACCUAUCGAAACCUACUGGAGAAUGGGGAGGACUUCAAUCUUGUACAUGCCUUGGAUGGCAGCAGCAGCUCCUUACAAAGUAUACAUAAGACCAGCACCCGGAGGACCGUGGACGGCAAAGUGGUGGCAGAGACCAAUGACACCAAAGUUCUUCGGCGUUAGAGCCAUAAACUGAGGACCUGGGCCAAGGCCGGAAGUUAAUAAAGGCUCUUUGGUCACCUGGAAAAAAAAAAA